UUAUAAAUAAUUUCGUAUGUUUUUCUUUAUAAUUAAUUGUUAAUAAAGGAAGGAAUUAUUUUUGUUCCAUGCGCUCCUUGAUGUGUGCUGUAUAUUGAACCCUUAUUGCAGUUAAUCGUGUUUGGAAUUUUCUUUUCUACCCAUUCGUGUGUUUUUUCGUCAAAAGAAACAAUUCCAAUUAGAAAAGAGGAAAAUUAGAUUUUUAAUUAAAAUAAAAAUUAAGAAAAAAAAAACGUGAUUUAGAAAAUUAAAAAAAUCGGAAGUGAAUACAGAAAGGAUAAAUUGUACCGUUUAGACGGAUAUAGCUGAAAUACCUAAUUAAAUGAAUGUGUGUUUCCUCUUCCUUUGAGAUUUGUUAUCUUAAAGUUUUCAAGUUUAUUAUAUCGUUGAGCUUAUGCUUUUGAUUAAGAAUUAACAAUCUGUGUGAACAUCAACGCUUUAAAAGGAUAUAACCUAUUUUUAUUAAUAUUUUGCAUGUGUUUGUGUGUGUGUACCUUAUUCGAAUUAAUGCCGACUGAUAAAUAAAUAGAAUUGGAUUUUUGAUAUUUUAGCAAAUUGUAUUUUCUAGCCAGUGAUGCCAGAACUACAUUUUGGAUAUCUUCUAUGUUGACUUUCAGAUCAAACGAUCUCGCAAAAUAGACAUAUCCCAUUCAACCAUCAAACUCAAGAACCAACCAUCAUCGUCACUGAAAUUUCCAUAGAAAUAACUGGUGUAGUCGGCACAUUGUGUGCGAGGGCGAACGAAGAACACACAAUGAGCGGAAAUAGCGUGCCAAAAUCAAGGAACCCAUCAUCAGACAGCAGUAGGAGUAGCAGAAGGAGAUGCUGCUCGUCGAAAGGCUUACUUUUAACCGUCAUGAUGAUGAUGAUGACUUUUCUGCCAUUUGAAGUUGCGGCGAAACACAUCCAUACAAAUGGAGGAGGGGGAAGUGCGGGUUCAGGUGCAGGAGGCUAUGUCAAUUUCAAUAAUCAGCGCUUCGCCAUGGAACCCCAAGACCAAACUGCAGUUGUCGGAGCUCGUGUCACGCUUCCUUGUCGGGUCAUCAACAAACAGGGCACAUUACAAUGGACAAAGGACGACUUUGGCCUCGGUACGCACCGUAAUUUGAGUGGAUUCGAACGCUACUCGAUGGUAGGUAGCGACGAAGAAGGUGAUUAUUCGCUAGACAUCUAUCCGGUGAUGUUGGACGAUGAUGCAAAAUAUCAGUGCCAAGUGAGUCCGGGUCCAGAGGGCCAAGCGGCUAUAAGGUCAACAUUUGCCACUCUCUCUGUGUUAGUUCCCCCCGAACCGCCUAAAAUUUCUCAGGGAGACUUUAUCAUGACCACCGAGGACCGCAAAGUAGAGAUUGAAUGCAUAUCCGUUGGUGGUAAACCAGCUUCAGAGAUAACCUGGAUUGAUGGCUUGGGAACAGUAAUCAAUGAUAACAUCGAAUACACAGUGAUUCCGAUGCCAGAUUUGCGUCGGUUCACUGCGAAAUCGGUUCUACGAUUGACACCACGCAAGGAGCACCACAAUACAAAUUUCACUUGUCAGGCUCAGAAUACAGCCGACCGAACAUAUCGUUCAACGAAAAUUCGUGUUGAGGUGAAAUAUGCUCCAAAAGUCAAAGUGAGUGUAAUUGGUGGCGCUUUAGCUGGUGGCAGGAUUCCAGAGUACGCUCAGGUGCGAUUAGAAUGCAAAGCGGAUGCCAAUCCUGGUGAAGUCCGUUAUCGAUGGUUCAUCAACGACGAGCCAAUUAUCGGUGGCCAGAAAACCGAAAUGGUUAUCCGGAAUGUUACACGAAAGUUCCACGAUGCCAUCGUCAAGUGUGAGGUGCAGAAUUCGGUAGGCAAGAGUGAGGAUAGCGAGACCCUGGACAUAAGCUAUGGACCACAAUUUCGCCAGCGUCCACAGUCCAUUGAGGCUGAUAUUGGCAGCGUUGUAUCACUGACCUGUGAGGUUGAUGGCAAUCCCAUGCCGGACAUUGUUUGGAUACAACAUCCCAUCGAUAGGGUUGUUGGCGGCAGUUCAAAUUUGACAUUUAGCGUUACAAACGAAACUGCUGGGCGGUACUAUUGCAAAGCAAACGUUCCUGGUUACCCAGAGAUAUCGUCGGACGCGUACGUUUACCUUAAGGGCUCUCCCAUAAUCACCUCGUCGCACUAUCAAUACGGUCUGGUCGGCGAUACGGCAAGGAUUGAAUGCUACGCGACUUCGGUGCCGCGGGCCAGGCAUGUAUCAUGGACGUUUAAUGGUCAUGAGAUUUCGGAAUCGGGCCAUGACUACUCGAUAUUGGUGGACGCAGUGCCCGGGGGAGUCAAAUCGACCCUCAUCAUCAGAGACAGCCAAUCGUACCACUAUGGCAAGUACAAUUGUACGGUGGUCAAUGACUAUGGCAACGAUGUGGUUGAGAUAAAUUUGCAGGCUCAAAAAAGCGUUCCAUUAUUGAUGACAAUUGUUGGUGGAAUUUCAGCAGUAGCCAUCCUAAUGAUUCUGACCAUCUUGGUAAUUGUCUAUUUCAAGUGCAAAAAACGCAAACUCCCACCAGCCGAUGUCAUUAGUGAGCAUCAGAUCUCGAAAAUCGCUGCCAAAGAGGCCGGUGACCGCACAUCCAACUACAGUGACCUCAAGGUGGACAUUUCAGCCGGUUAUGUGCCUUAUGCCGAUUACACCACCCACUACAGUCCUCCGCCGCAAUAUUUAACAACAUGUUCGACAAAAUCCGGUGGCAGCAGCCAUUUGCAACUUCAGCAGCAUCAACAACAGCAUCAAGCUAUUAAUGUGCCAAUGACUUUUAUAAAUGGCGGAGGCAGUUUAACGGGCAGCAUUAUUGGAUCGCGAGAAAUUCGACAGGAUAAUGGUCUUCCAAGUUUACAAAGCACCACGACGACAAAUGGAAGUGUGGUAAGUUCAUCGCCAAAUGGCAGUUGCAGUAAUAAUAGCACAGCCACGCAUGUAGCACAGAACUCGUUGAGUAUUGAUCCAAGGUAUAGUGCCAUAUAUGGCAAUCCCUAUUUACGAAAUUCUAAUUCAUCAUUGCUGCCGCCACCUACAGCUGUUUAGAAUUAAAAAAAAAAAAAAACAUACAAAAAAAUAACUAAGAGAAAACAAAAAAAAUCA